AUGAAUGAUUAUGAAGACGAUAACAUGAGUACUAGUUACCUGACGGACUGUUUUGAAAAUGAAACUCUGGCUCGCAAAAUACGAGUUGAGUUGACAUUCGUAUCCGAGUUCUGUCCAAAAAUAAUUAAAAUAAUUGACAAUUUGGAAGGAUCAAAAUAUCCAUUCGCGAACAUUUUAUGGAGCAAAUUAGAAGAUUUAAAGUCUUCUCUUAAGCGACAACGUAAAGGUUCGUUUGGAGAAAAAACUAAAAGCAUUUUGUUAAACGAAAAUGGCGAUUUCCAUCAAGAGCACAGUAUUAUGCUAAAGACAGCAGCAUAG